AAGACAAUCUAAAUGGUCGUGUAGGAGUUGGAUCCAAACUGAAAUCAAACAAGUGAACCGCUCCGACAAGAAACUAUAAAAUAAAAAAACAAUAAAGAAGGAAAAGAGAGAGCGAAUCGUCAACAAAAGUGUCUUUAUUCAACACAUGACUGGUUUAUACUGAAAAAAAUCUUCAAUCGGAUUGAAUCUUCACCACUGUUUAUUUUUCUUCUCUGUCUUAAUCAGAAAGGUAUGGGGAAUACUGAAUCAGGAUAUGAUGAUUCUCACACGGACUUUUGGCAUCAACCUUCUUAUGAAUCUCCAUCACAUGCAGGAAGUUCAAUGGAUCACAACUAUCGGCCUAGGCAGCAAGACACAUUUAUACGUGACAAUUUCAGCUCUUUGGAUCAGGUUAUUUCCGCAUUGAGAGAGGCUGGACUUGAAUCAUCCAACUUAAUACUUGGUAUUGACUUCACAAAGAGCAAUGAGUGGACAGGAAAAUAUUCAUUCAACAGAAGAAGCCUUCAUGCUAUUGGUAGCUCACCUAAUCCAUAUGAGCAAGCAAUCUCUAUAAUUGGCCAAACUUUAUCUCCUUUUGACGAAGAUAAUUUAAUACCUUGUUUUGGUUUUGGUGAUGCAUCAACGCAUGAUAAUUCCGUAUUCAGCUUUUAUCCUGAUCACCGACCUUGUCAUGGUUUUGAGGAAGCUCUUGGACGGUAUAGAGAGAUUGUUCCACACUUAAAGUUGGCAGGUCCAACUUCAUUUGCUCCAAUUAUUAAUGCUGCAAUUGACAUUGUGGAUAGAAGUAAUGGCCAGUACCAUGUUCUUGUCAUUAUUGCAGACGGACAGGUUACAAGGAAUCCUAACACACCACAUGGAAGGCUUAGUCCACAAGAACAGGCUACCGUAGAUUCCAUUGUUGCUGCUAGCCAUUAUCCUCUCUCAAUUAUUUUGGUUGGAGUGGGGGAUGGACCAUGGGAUUCAAUGCAACAAUUUGAUGAUAAUAUUCCACAUCGCACCUUUGAUAACUUUCAGUUUGUCAACUUCACAAAAAUCAUGUCUGAGAACACAGAAACAUCAAAGAAAGAAUCAGCUUUUGCUCUUGCUGCCCUCAUGGAAAUUCCAUAUCAGUACAGAGCUACCCUGAAUAUUCGUUUUGAUAAUAGAGAAUUAGGUGGACACCAAAGGCCACUUCCACCUCCCCAAGAAGUGAUUGAUCAUGAUAAUGCUGUUAAAUCGAUCCCACAAAUGACAAACUAUCAAACAGUGGAGCCGACAGCCCCAGCAGCUCCUAGCUCCCCAGCAGAACCGGUCUGCCCUAUCUGCUUGACAAAUUCAAAGGACAUGGCUUUUGGAUGCGGUCACAUGACUUGCAAGGAUUGUGGAGCAACAAUUUCAACAUGCCCAAUUUGCCGGAGGCCGAUAACGACGCGCCUGAGACUGUAUACGUAAUUGAGAGAGUGAUUUUCUGCUUCUGGAUGUUGAAUGCCAUGAAAAAUAAUCAGGACACCCCAACAAAAUCUCAUGGGACAGAGCAUUGUUUCAUUAUAAAUUGUGCUUAGAGUGCUGUCCUUAUUUAACUUUAUCCAAUAUUAAAUGUAUGAAGCUAAUAUAAAUUUUAAAAAAAUAUUUGUAUUUUCAAGAUAAGUCAUUCAACGAAAAUAUCAAGCAAGUUUGAUUAUAAACGAAUAAAAAUAU